AUGCUCGCGCGACGUGUAUGUGGCAGCGUAGAUCGCAUCUUGCCUGCGCCUCGCUCAAUAGCCGCCGGCUCGCGCUCUUUCACGGCUGGUGUUGUCACGCAAAGCUCAGCUCGAGCCCCAGCGCUUGCCGACAUCACGCCCGACGCCGCAGCAGGCUUCAAUAAGAAGCAGAAGGAGUUCCGCGAUGGACUCGUAGCUGCUCAAAAGCAGAAGGAGCAGCAAGAAAAAGAAGCUCGCACCCGUGAGCACGAAACUGGCAAGAAGAAGAGCGGACCACUAUCAUCCCUCAUCUACGGCACGCCCGAAGGCCGCGAGCUCGACAAAGACAUCGAACGGAGUUUUUCUCAGGUUUUGGCGCGUGGCAAGUACGUCCACUCGAUCGUGUUCCACGAGGUCAAGCCAGACAAGGUUGAAGAGUACAAUGAGCUGGUGGGAAACUGGUAUCCGAAAAUGGCAGCCAUACCCAAGAACAAGGUGCAUCUUGUGGGCAGCUGGAGGACUGAGGUUGGCGACUGUGACACGUUUGUUCACAUUUGGGAGUAUCAACGCUACGAAGGCUACCACCAAUCUCUGCACAACAUUCAAUCACAUCCGGACUUCGCUGCGUUCGAUGCCAAGUUGAAGAGCCUAAUCUUGUCGAAGCGCACAUCGCUCAUGCAGGAAUUCUCCUUCUGGCCUACAACCUCUCCACGCCAACUCGGCGGUCUCUUCGAACUGCGUUCUUACACACUACACCCGGGUAACCUGCUUGAAUGGGAGACGCACUGGAGGCGUGGCCUGAAGGCACGCAGGGAGGUCAUGGAGGGUGUCGGCGCCUGGUUCGUCCAGAUUGGUGACCUGAACACUGUACAUCAUUUGUGGCAGUUCCCGAACUUGGAAGAGCGCAAAGUUCGUCGUGAGCAGAGUUGGAAUGUAGAGGGCUGGGGAGAGACAGUGCACAAAACUGUGCCGUUGAUUCAGACUAUGAAGAGCCGGAUCUUGGUCCCUUGUGCAUGGAGCACUGUCGCUUGA